AUGUGGAUCUCUUCGAGACCACGAACGGGAAUCAGGGUGGACGGACAACCGAUAGAACUCGUCGAUGAGUUCUGUUACCUGGGCUGUAUGCUGAAGAACAAUGGCAGCUACGAGAGAGAUGUUCAGCAAAGAUGCGCUAAGGCCACUUCUGCAUUUAACUCCUUAACGAAAUGUCUGUGGUCGACCCCCAUCACCAACGAAGUCAAGCUGCGAGUCUACCUAUCCGCAAUUCGCCCCAUCAUGAUGUACGGAUCGGAGAAUUGGGCAGCACUGUCAACGGUUAUGGAGAGGCUUGACUGCACGGAACGAAAGCUGCUUAGACGGCUACUUGGCUACUUUUGGCCUAGGGUAUGUCACAAUGAAGAUCUUUACGCAGAAAUUGAUGUGGUAUAG